CGAAAACGCGGUGGAGUGUGGAGACGUCGGAAUUCGAGCUGAAAUCUGGUGCGUCCCAAUUUGUUUCAUGAAUUUUCGAGGGCUCUGAUUGCCACACACAACGCACACGGCUGUGUAGUAGCGCCCCUUAGCGGAUGCCGCUGGCCCAAGCUUAUCCGCUCAUGGGAACGCAACGCUGCGGUGGUCGGGCAGUCGAACGCGUCUCGUAUUUAAUAGCCCAGACGACGCAUCUCACGCGGGCUGGACCGAAUUAUAUGGAAGAAGAAAAAACCCGCGGAGUCUAUCUGCCUCCCUGUAUUCCUGCAUCCCAACUUCUCUGGCUUCCCGUCUCCCCAUCUCCCUCCCUGCCUCUCUACCUCUAUCUUGCCUAGGCUCCCUGCCUCCCUGCCUCCCUCCCUGCCUCCCCACCUCUCCCCACCAGUGCCAUGCGGAUGGACACUCUGCUGGAGCUGGCUGUGCCCCUUGCUGCCCUGUUGGUUCUCGGGAGCCGUCCGGCACGUGGGAGCCUCCACUUUCAGUACGACCACAACGAUGACGAUGGCGGCCGUGACAGAGAUGAGGACGAUUUUGCAGAGUUUGAAGACUUUGGUGAAGACGAGGAUGGCUUCUUCCCGGAGUCUGGGGUGGGACGUACCCCAGCACCCCCCAUCAAGAGCCACGCACCGUGGGAGGACGCACGGCCAAGCGCGGAGAGGGCAGCCCGUCCGACAGGGGCCGCUGAUGAUGACGAGGACGAUGAUGGAGAGGUCUCGGAUGAGGACGAUGAAGUGAACGGAGAGGCUGCGGAUGACUUUGAAGAUUCCGAUAAUCCUGACGAGGAUGAUGUUGAACAGUUUGACGAGGAGGAGUUUGAAGGGAUCAGGGACAAGUCUGGCAGGAAGAAGCACAGCAUUGACACUCCGAUUCGCAUUGUAGUGGUGCCAGACCAUUUGCAGAACGGAUGGGAGAGCUAUUACCUGGAGAUCCUCAUGGUCACGGGGCUGCUCGCCUACAUCGUGAACUACAUGAUCGGCCGCACCAAGAACAGCCGCCUUGCACAGGCCUGGUUCAACUCGCACCGCGAGCUGCUGGAGGCAAACUUCUGCCUCGUGGGUGACGAUGGCACAGCCAAGGAAGUGAUGAGCACUGGUGCGCUGAACCAGGAGAACGAGCACGUGUACAGUCUGUGGUGCUCGGGUCGCGUGUGCUGCGAGGGCAUGCUGGUGCAACUCAAGUUCCUCAAGCGUCAGGAUCUGCUGAACGUGCUGGCUCGCACGAUGAGGCCCACAUCAGAUCAAGUGAACAUCAAGGUAACAAUGACCAUCGAUGACAUGGACAGCAUGGUGUUUGCUGUGGGGACGAAGAAGGCUGUCAGCCGGCUACACAAGGAGAUGCAGGACCUGAGCUUGUACUGCACGGACAAACCCAAGCCUCUGGGCCGCUACGGGCUGCCUGACUCACUAGUGGUGCUCAGCGAAAGUUCUGAGAUCACUGACUGCCUUUUGGACCCCAAGAUGAUCAGCUUUCUGAAGGCGCAUGUCGACACCAUCGAGUCCAUCCACAUGUCCGACCAACACUCAGGGCCCAAGGUCACCCAGGAGGAGGGCCAGCCCAUAAAGCUCCCUGAUGCAAAAAAGUGUUUGUUGUUUACAUUUAAUGUGCCUGGAGCAGGCCACACAUCCCCGCGAGACAUGGAGGGCAUGCUGGGUCUCAUGAAGAUGGUCAUCUACUGCAUGGACAAGAUGAAAAGGUUCCGGCUCGGCAAAGAGGCCAAGCAGAAGGCGGAGCGCAACCGAACGCGCGUGGAGGAGAACUUCCUGAAGCUGACGCACGCGCAGAGACAGGAGGCGGCGCAGAGCCGCCGCGAGGAGAAGAAGCGCGCCGAGAAGGAGCGCAUCAUGAACGAGGAGGACCCCGAGCGUCAGCGCAAGCUGGAGGAGGUGCAGAUUCGCCGUGAGCAAAAGAAGAAGGAGAAGAAGCAGAUGAAGAUGAAGCAGAUCAAAGUGAAGGCCAUGUGAGCAGAGUUGUUGCUAGGGGCGGAGCGACGUGUUGCUAUGCUUGGCUCCUGGUGGGCACAGCAAGAGAUCACGAUUUUCUGACGCAUUUCCGCGGUCAAUUUGAGUGUUCCCAGUGAUAAUUGUUUUUUUACCCUUUUAUCUGGCAACAAAACUGACACCUUUUUUUUACAAGGAGUCAUGUUUGCAUAGACCACAAUACCUGCAGUCAUAAUGCAAACAAAAAACACAACUCUGAAAAUGUAUGCACUGUCCUUGAAGUUGAUUGGUCCACACCCGAGACAGCUUUCCUUAGA